AUGGAGUGGGCCUCGGGGGCACGCAGGAGGGGCCGAUGGGGACAGCCUGCACCCUGGGAGCUUCGAUUGGGCCUGCUGCUGAGUGUGCUGGCCACCGCCCUGGCCCGGGCCCCGGAUGUGCCGGGCUGCUCACGGGGAAGCUGCUACCCAGCCACGGGGGACCUGCUGGUGGGUCGCGCUGACGGACUGACUGCCUCAUCCACCUGCGGCCUGCGUGGACCCCAGCCCUACUGCAUCGUCAGUCACCUGCAGGACGAGAAGAAGUGUUUCCUGUGUGACUCCCAGCGCCCCUUUUCUGCUGGAGACAACCCAAAUAGCCAUCGCAUCCAAAACGUCGUCACCAGCUUUGCACCACAGCGCAGGGCAGCUUGGUGGCAGUCAGAGAAUGGUGUCCCCGUGGUCACCAUCCAGCUGGACCUGGAGGCUGAGUUCCAUUUCACACACCUCAUUAUGACCUUCAAGACAUUUCGCCCUGCUGCUAUGCUGGUGGAGCGCUCUGCUGACUUCGGCCGUACCUGGCAUGUAUAUCGAUAUUUCUCCUAUGAUUGCGGGGCUGACUUCCCAGGAGUCCCACUGGCCCCCCCGCGGCACUGGGAUGAUGUGGUCUGUGAGUCCCGAUACUCAGAGAUUGAGCCAUCCACUGAAGGCGAGGUCAUCUACCGUGUGCUGGAUCCUGCCAUCCCCAUCCCGGACCCCUACAGCCCACGGAUCCAGAACCUGCUGAAGAUUACCAACCUAAGGGUGAACUUGACUCGGCUGCACACACUUGGAGACAACCUGCUUGACCCACGGCGGGAGAUCCGCGAGAAGUACUAUUAUGCCCUCUAUGAGUUGGUCGUGCGUGGCAACUGCUUCUGCUAUGGACACGCCUCACAGUGUGCACCCGCCCCAGGGGCACCAGCCCAUGCUGAGGGCAUGGUGCACGGGGCCUGCGUCUGCAAACACAACACUCGUGGCCUCAACUGUGAGCAGUGUCAGGAUUUCUAUCAUGACCUGCCCUGGCAUCCGGCCGAGGACGGCCUCAGUCACACCUGCAGGAAGUGUGAGUGCCAUGGGCACUCCCACAGCUGCCACUUCGACAUGGCCAUGUACCUGGCAUCCGGCAACAUGAGUGGAGGUGUGUGUGAUGCAUGUCAGCACAAUACAGCUGGGCGCCAUUGUGAGCUCUGCCGGCCUUUCUUCUAUCGUGACCCAACCAAGGACUUACGGGACCCUGCUGUGUGCCGCUCCUGUGAUUGUGACCCCAUGGGUACCCAAGACGGCGGUCACUGUGAUUCCCAUGAUGACCCUGCACUGGGGCUGGUCUCAGGCCAGUGUCGCUGCAAAGAACAUGUGGUGGGCCCUCGCUGCCAGCAGUGCCGUGAUGGCUUCUUUGGGCUCAGUGCCAGUGACCCUCAAGGCUGCCGUCGGUGUCAGUGUGAUGCUCGGGGCACGGUGUCUGGGGGCACCACUUGCGACCCUAGCAGUGGAACCUGUUUCUGCAAGCGUCUGGUGACUGGACGUGGCUGCGACCGCUGCCUGCCUGGCCACUGGGGCCUGAGCCACGACUUGCUUGGCUGCCGCCCGUGUGACUGCGAUGUAGGUGGUGCCUUGGAUCCCCAGUGCGACGAGGCCACGGGUCAGUGCCGCUGUCGUCAGCACAUGGUCGGGCGACGCUGUGAGCAGGUGCAACCGGGUUACUUCCGGCCCUUCCUAGACCACCUUACUUGGGAGGCGGAGGACUCCAGAGGGCAGAUGCUGGAAGUGGUGGAGCGUGUGGCAACCGUAGGGAGUACUCCGUCCUGGACCGGGCCAGGCUUCGUGCGACUUCGGGAAGGCCAGGUGCUUGAGUUUCUGGUGUCCUCUGUGCCACGGGCCAUGGACUACGACCUGCUGCUACGCUUGGAACCUCAGGUCCCUGAACAGUGGGCAGAGAUGGAACUGACGGUGCGGCGCCCAGGGCCUGUGUCUGCUCUCAGUCCGUGCGGGCAUGUGCUCCCCGAAGACGACCGCAUCCGAGGGACUCUGCGACCAGACAGCAGGUACAUUGUGCUUCCCAGACCUGUCUGCCUUGAGCCUGGCAUCUCCUAUACACCACGUCUGAAGCUUGUGCGAGUAGGGGGAGGCACCCAGCCUGGGACCCCCUACUCUGGACCCGGCCUGCUCAUUGACUCGCUGGUGCUGCUACCCCGUGUCCUGGUGCUGGAGAUGUUUAGUGGAGGUGAUGCUGCUGCCCUGGAGCGCCAUGCCACCUUUGAGCACUACCGCUGCCAUGAGGAGGGCCUGGCACCCAGCAAGACUCCCCCCUCUGAAGCCUGUGCUCCUCUCCUCAUCAGUGCAUCUACUCUGCUCUACAACGGUGCCCUGCCCUGUCAGUGUGACCCCCAGGGCUCACUGAGUUCUGAGUGCAGCCCCCAUGGUGGUCAGUGCCUGUGCAAACCUGGAGUGGUUGGGCGCCGCUGUGACCUCUGCGCCCCUGGCUACUAUGGCUUUGGUCCCACAGGCUGUCGAGCCUGCCAGUGUAGCCCUGAGGGGGCGCUCAGCAGCUUGUGCGAGGGGACCAGUGGGCAAUGCCCCUGCCGAACUGGUGCCUUUGGGCUUCGCUGCGACCGCUGCCGGCGUGGCCAGUGGGGUUUCCCUACAUGCCGGCCAUGUGUCUGUAACGGGCAUGCAGACGAAUGUGACACCCAUACAGGCGCUUGCCUGAGCUGCCGCGAUCACACGGGGGGUGAGCACUGUGACAGGUGCAUUGCUGGCUUCCAUGGGGACCCACGGCUGCCAUACGGGGGCCAUUGUCGGCCCUGCCCCUGCCCUGAAGGCCCUGGGAGCCAGCGGCACUUUGCCACUUCUUGCCACCAGGAUGGGUACUCCCAGCAGAUUGUGUGUCACUGCUGGGCAGGCUACACAGGGCCGCGGUGUGAUGCUUGUGCCCCUGGGCACUUUGGGGACCCAUCAAGGCCAGGUGGCCAAUGCCAACCGUGUGAGUGUAGUGGGAACAUUGACCCCAUGGACCCUGAUGCCUGUGACCCCCACACGGGGCAAUGCCUGCGCUGCUUACACAACACGGAGGGGCCACACUGUGCCCACUGCAAGCCCGGCUUCCAUGGACAGGCGGCCCAACAGAGCUGUCAUCGCUGCACCUGCAACCAGCUGGGUACAGAUCCCCAGCAGUGCCCGACCACCAACUGGUGCCACUGUGACCCGAGCAGUGGGCAGUGCCCGUGCCUCCCCAAUGUCCAGGGCCUGAGCUGUGACCGCUGUGCCCCCAACUUCUGGAACCUCACCAGUGGUUGUGGCUGCCAGCCCUGUGCCUGUCAUCCAAGCUGGGCCACAGGCUCCACCUGCAAUGAGUUCACAGGGCAGUGCCACUGCCGUGCUGGGUUCGGUGGGCGGACCUGCUCUGAGUGCCAGGAGCUCCACUGGGGAGACCCUGAGUUGCAGUGCCGUGCCUGUGAUUGUGACCCUCAUGGAAUAGACUCGCCUCAGUGUCACCGCUCCACGGGCCACUGCAGUUGCCGCCCGGGUGUCUCUGGCGUGCGCUGUGACCAGUGUGCCCGUGGCUUCUCAGGUGUCUUCCCUGCCUGCCACCCCUGCCAUGCAUGCUUUGGGGACUGGGACCGUGUGGUACAGGACUUAGCUAUCCGUACACGGCGCCUAGAGCAGCGGGCGCGGGAGCUGCAGCAGACGGGUGUGCUGGGCGCCUUUGAGAGCAGCUUCUGGAACAUACAGGAGAAGCUGCGCACCGUGCAGGGCAUUGUGGGUGCCCGGAACACUUCAGCUGCCUCCACUGCACAGCUUGUGGAAGCCACAGAGGAGCUGCGGCGUGAAAUUGGGGAGGCCACUGAACACCUGACCCAACUAGAGGCAGAACUGACAGAUGUGCAGGAUGAGAACUUCAAUGCCAACCAUGCACUAAGUGGGCUGGAGCGGGACGGGCUUGCACUUAAUCUCACGCUGCGGCAGCUCAGCCAGCAUCUGGAUCUGCUCAAACAUUCAAACUUCCUGGGUGCCUAUGACAGCAUCUACCAUGCCCACAGCCGGUCUGCAGAGGCAGAACGUCGUGCCAACACCUCGGCCCUGGCAGUGCCCAGCCCUGUGAGCAACUCAGCAGGCACUCGGCAGCAGGCAGAGGUGCUGAUGGGUGCCCAGAGGGCAAACUUCAACCGCAAACAUGCAGCCAACCAGCGGGCACUGGGCGAGCUCUAUGCCCGUACCAACGCCCUGAGCCUGACAGGCCUAAAUGAACUGGUGUGUGGGGCCCCAGGGGAUGCACCCUGCUCUACAAGCCCUUGCGGGGGUGCCGGCUGUCGGGAUGAGGAUGGGCAACCCCGCUGUGGGGGCCUCAGCUGCAACGGCGCAGCAGCCAUGGCGGACCUGGCGCUGGGCCGGGCCCGGCACACGCAGGCAGAACUACAGCGGGCACUGGCAGAAAGUGGUGGCAUCCUCAGCCAGGUGGCUGAGACCCGUCGGCAGGCUGGUGAGGCACAGCAGCAGGCCCAGGCGGCCCGAGACAAGGCUAAUGCUACCCGAGGACGGGUGGAACAGGCCAACCAGGAGCUGCGGGAACUUAUCCAGAGCGUCAAGGACUUCCUUAACCAGGAGGGGGCUGAUCCUGACAGCAUUGAAAUGGUGGCGACACGGGUGCUCGAGCUCUCCAUCCCAGCCUCACCUGAGCAGAUCCAGCACCUGGCAGGCGAAAUUGCAGAGCGAGUCCGAAGCCUGGCAGAUGUGGACAUGAUCCUGGCACGUACUGUGGGAGAUGUGCGACGGGCUGAGCAGCUCCUGCAGGAUGCACGCCGAGCACGGACCCGGGCUGAAGGUGAGAAACAGAAGGCAGAGACAGUGCAGGCAGCGCUGGAGGAGGCCCGGAGGGCACAGGGUGCUGCCCAGGGUGCCAUACGGGGAGCAGCAGUUGACAUACGGGACACAGAGCAGACCCUGCACCAGGUACAGGAAAGGAUGGCAGGUACAGAGCAGGCACUGGGCUCUGCAGGCAAGCGGGCUCGCCAACUGAAUGCUCUCCUGGAGGCUCUGAAACUGAAACGGGCAGGGAAUAGCCUGGCAGCCUCUCAGGCUGAAGAAACAGCAGGCAGUGCCCAGAGUCGCGCCCAGGAGGCUGAGCAGUUGCUACAAGGCCCACUGGGCGAUCGGUACCAGAGGGUGAGGGAGCUGGCUGAGCGCAAGGCCCAGGGCGUGCUGGCUGCGCAGGCGCGGGCAGAGCAACUGCGGGAUGAGGCUCGAGGUCUGCUGCAGGCUGCUCAGGACAAGCUGCAGCGGCUGCAGGAGCUGGAGGGCACCUAUGAGGAGAAUGAGCGGGCGCUGGAGGGCAAGGCAGCCCAGCUGGACGGGCUGGAGGCCAGGAUGCGUAGCGUGCUUCAAGCCAUCAAUCUGCAGGUCCAGAUCUACAACACCUGCCAGUGACCCCUGCCCAGGGUCUACCUUAGUACCCUGCCCCGCAUGCGAGACUGUGCCUAUGCAUGGAAGAGUUCCCGGCCCCCCAAUAAACCGGUGUGAACCCCCA